CGGCGCCCAGGCCCGCGGCACGGCGCUAAGGGAACGCCACGCGCAUCAUGCCCGCGGCCAAGAAGCAAAAAACCGCCGAUGGCGCGACCGCGCCCGCGCCCGCGGGCGCGGACUACGUCCCGCAGAACGUCCUCAUCACCGGCGGCGCGGGCUUCAUCGCGUCGCACGUCGCGCUUAGGUUCGCGAAGCGGUAUCCGAGGUACAACGUCGUCGUCGUGGACAAGCUGGACUACUGCGCCAACUUGAACAACCUGCGCGAGAUCGCGGCGCUUCCGAACUUCAAAUUCGUGAAAGCGGACGUCGGCAGCGCGGAUCUCAUGACGUACGUCAUGAGGGAAGAACAGAUCGACACCGUGAUGCACUUCGCCGCGCAGACGCACGUCGAUAACUCGUUCGGGAACUCGUUCGAGUUCACGGAGAACAACAUCCGCGGCACGCACGUCCUCCUGGAGACGGUCAAGUCACUCGGCGAUCAGAUCAAGCGCUUCCUCCACGUCUCCACGGACGAAGUCUACGGCGAGAGCUCGUACGAGCUCGACAAGGCGAACGUCGAGGCGGCGUCUUUGUUGGAGCCGACGAAUCCGUACAGCGCGACGAAAGCCGGCGCGGAGAUGCUCGUGAUGGCGUACGGGCGGUCGUACAACCUCCCGUAUCUCAUCACGCGUGGGAACAACGUGUACGGGCCGCACCAGUACCCGGAGAAGGCGAUCCCGAAGUUUAUCAUGCUCGCGAGGAAAGGGAUGCAGAUUCCGAUUCACGGCGACGGGCAGGCGACGCGGUCGUACAUGCACGUCGACGACGCCGCGAGCGCGUUCGACGCGAUUUUGCAUAAAGGGUCGGACAAGGGCGUGUACAACAUCGGCGCGCACGAGGAGCGGACGGUGCUGUCCGUCGCGCAGGACAUCGGAAAGUCGCUCGGCGUGGACGUCUCGAAGAUGAUCGUGCACGUGAACGACCGCAAGUUUAACGACCGGCGGUACUUCAUCGACUGCUCCAAGCUCCACGCGCUCGGGUGGACGCAGAACGUGUCCUGGGAGGAAGGCUUGAAAGGGACGAUCGAGUGGUACACGAAGAACGACGAGCAGAGCGGGUACUGGGGGAACCUCUCCGGCGCGCUCGUCGCGCACCCCACGGGCGGUCAGGUCCAGGCUGUCGUCGGGAACUUGUUCCAAAACGUCGAGGACAUGCUCGAGGCGCACCCGCCCGCGCCAGAAUCGGCGGCGGGCGAGAAGCCGGUCUCGUUCCUCGUCUACGGCAGGACCGGGUGGAUCGGCGGCAAGCUCGGAAAGUUGCUCACGGAGCAAGGGCACCGGUGGUGCUACGGCUCCGGCCGCUUGCAAGACCGCGCGGCCGUGUUGAACGACAUCAAGCGAUCGAAGUGCACGCACGUGUUGAACGCCGCGGGCGUCACCGGCCGUCCCAACGUGGACUGGUGCGAAUCCCACAAGGUCGAGACGAUCCGCGCGAACGUGACCGGGGUGUUGACCCUGUGCGACGUCGCGCACGAGUGCGGCGUCCACGUCACGAACUUCGCGACCGGCUGCAUCUACAAGUACGACGACGAACACCAGAUCGGGGGCAAGCCGUUCACCGAGGACGACGACCCGAACUUUGGCGGAUCGUUUUACUCCGAGACGAAGUCGUACAUGGAGAUGAUGCUGAGGCACUACCCGAACGUGAUGCAGUGCCGCGUGCGGAUGCCCAUCGACGGCGACCUUUCGAACCCGCGGAACUUCAUCACGAAGAUCGCGAAUUACGCCAAGGUGGUGAACAUCCCGAACAGCAUGACGGUGUUGGAGGAGUUCGUCCCCAUGGCGAUCGAGGGCGCGAUCCGCGGGUUAACGGGGGCGUACAACUGGACCAACCCCGGGGCGAUCUCGCACAACGAGGUCCUCGAGCUGUACCGCGACUACCUUCACCCCGGAUACACGUGGGAGAACUUCACGGAAGAGGAGCAGGCGGCGGUGAUCGUCGCGCCGAGGAGCAACAACACGAUGUGCGACAAGAAGCUUCGCGCGGCGUUCCCGGGCGUGCUCGGGAUCAAAGAGAGCAUCAUCAAGUACGUCAUGGAGCCGAACAAGGCGGCGGGGAAGAAGGCGGACAUCAAGCGGGCGAUCAAGUGAUCCGAGAGGAGGGCGGCAUGAGUUAUGAUGACGAACAUUAAUAAUGUCGAGUGGACGUAGAGAUGAGACGACUGUAACGUAUUGCGAACUGACGAAC